UGGAAUUCGUGCUCACUUUCAACGUUGAAAAAGUUUGUAAAUGUUUCAGAACAUCUGUCGAGAACAUCAUUAUUGCGCUGAUUAAACAAAUAAACUGUAAACCUAAUUAAAAUUUAUAUUUAAACUAAAAUAAAUAAAAUAAAAACUAACACAAGCGAGGGAAAAUGAACAAAAAUAAUAGGUUUUAAAAUAUAUUUUACUAAUAUAAAGUAAAAAAAUGCACUUGUUUGGAUAUAUUAAUACUUUUGAUUCUCGAGGUUAUGGACGCCACUUGCUGGAGAGCGACACAGUUCUGCGCAGAUUGAUUUCUUCAUGCUCGUCUGUGUAACUGUAUGCGCAGAUUGUGCGCAGUGCUGCAGCGCCUGAACUUCACCUUCACCUCUUCACUAGUUGGCCCAGAGUAACACUACCUGCGGACUUUUACCUGCUGCUGUGCUUCUAUUAAAGAAGGAAAACAUGAUAUCAGUGUGAAGUUUGUGAACGGACCAAAGUCCAGUUCUUUUAAAACUAGGUACAAGUUCCACAGACAGCAGUGUGUCAGUCAAACCGAGGUAGAGUUUAUUCUUUAACUGCAGUUUGGACGCAAUGGCUCGGUACACGCGCGUGAAGGGAUCAAUCGCUUUGAUCACUCUGACUAACCCACCUGUGAACGCGCUCAGUGCUGCAGUAAGGAGGGGAAUAGUGGAGUCGGUGAGCCGGGCGCUGAAGGACGAGCAGGUGAAGGCUGUGGUGUUCUGUGGAGAGAAUGAGAAGUUUUGUGGAGGAGCAGACAUUAAGGAGUUUUCGGGCUCCGUGUCCGGUCCUCCUCUGGUUCCAAUGAUCCACUCUGUGGAGGCUGGAGAGAAGCCGAUGGUGGCAGCCAUAGAGGGCGUGGCUCUGGGGGGAGGACUGGAGCUAGCGCUCGGCUGUCAUUAUCGUGUCGCUAACACUAAAGCCCGUUUGGGUCUCCCUGAAGUGACCCUCGGUUUACUUCCUGCUGCUGGAGGAACUCAGCGUCUUCCUCGACUCAUUGGCAUCCCUGCAGCCCUGGAGCUAAUCACCACAGGUCGCCACGUUUCGGCUCAGGAAGCUCUGCAACUCGGCAUGGUGGAUCAAGUGACUGAGGGGAACGCCGUGCAGGCUGCCAUGGAGCUCGCUCUCAGUGUAAUAGGUCAGCCAUUAAACCCUUGCAGGUUGAGUCUGCGAGCCCCUGUGUGGGCGCCGGAUGUGGACGGUGUGUGUGAUGCGGCAUUAGCACAGGUGAAGCAGCGUUCUCGUGGAGCGAUGGCUCCGGUGGCGUGCGUUCAGGCCGUCAGAGCAGCGGCCAUGUUGCCCUAUGGUAAAGGAAUGGAGAGAGAGAGGCAGCUGAUGGACACGCUCUUUAGGUCUGGCCAGGCUCAAGCCAUGCAGUACGCCUUCUUUGCUCAGAGGAAUGCUGGGAAAUGGAGUCUUCCUAACGGGGCGCAGUGGAACAACACCAAGGCCAGGGAAGUCCAACGAGCCGGAGUCAUAGGUCUGGGCACCAUGGGUCAGGGCAUCGCUGUAUCCCUCGUUAAAGCAGGAAUCUCUGUAGUUGCCAUAGAGACGGAUACAAAGCAGUUGGAGUCAGGUAAGAAGGCGGUGACGGCCAUGCUGCAGAGAGAUGCUCAAAGACGAGGAGUCAGUCCUCCGUUACACCUCCUGACGUUCACUCUCUCCUUCCACCAGCUGAGGGAUGUGGACCUGGUCAUCGAGGCUGUGUUUGAGGACAUGAACCUUAAAAAGCGUGUUUUUAGCGAUUUGUGCAAAGUGCUGAGGGAGAACGCGCUAAUCUGCACCAACACGUCGGGGCUGAACGUGGACGAGCUCGCGGCGGUCACCGAUCGACAGCCCCUGGUGGUCGGGAUGCAUUUUUUUGCUCCAGCUCAUGUCAUGAAGCUUCUCGAAGUUGUUUAUGGAUCCAGGUCGUCUCCUGAAGCUGUUGCUACGGCAAUGGCACUUGGAAAGAGAAUAGGAAAGGUGUGUGUCACUGUAGGCAACUGUUCUGGGUUUGUGGGUAAUCGCAUGCUGAAGCUUUAUCUGGAUCAGUCUGUCUACCUGCUGGAGGAAGGAGCCACACCUGAGCAAGUGGACCAAGCUCUCGAGGAGUUUGGAUUUGCCAUGGGAAUCUUCAAAGUGGGCGAUCUUUCUGGUUUGGAUGUUGGAUGGAGGGUUCGGAAGGCUUCUGGUUUGAUCGGGCCUGACGUCGACCCAGUAAAGCCUUCACGAUGGCGGCUUGGACGGAGAUACUGCCCACUUCCUGACAUGCUGUGCCAACAGGGACGCUUCGGACAGAAAACGGGCCGUGGAUGGUACCUCUACGACUCUCCUGGGUCAAAAGAAGCAAAGUCUGAUCCGGAGAUCCGAAACUUCCUGGAGGAUUACAGGCGUAAAUAUGGGAUCAUACCACGUCGCAUCACCUCACAGGAAGUGAUCGAGCGAUGUGCUUUCGUUUUGGCCAACGAGGGAUUCCGUAUCCUGGAGGACGGGAUAGCAGCAGGUCCAGAACACAUAGACGUGAUCUACUUGUUCGGUUACGGAUGGCCAAGACAUCGCGGAGGUCCGAUGUUUUACGCUUCUCAGGUCGGUUUGUCUGUAGUGCUGGAGAAACUGGAGUAUUAUCACCGCGUUCACCCGGACGUGCCGAGUCUGGAGCCGAGCCGCUUACUGAGGAGGCUGGUGGCUGAAGGAAGUCCACCGAUACAACAGUGGAAGAGUCAUAUCAAGAACCUGCGCAGUCACCUGUAAAGAGUCAUAUCAAGAACCUGCGCAGUCACCUGUAAAGAGUCAUAUCAAGAACCUGCGCAGUCACCUGUAAAGAGUCAUAUCAAGAACCUGCGCAGUCACCUGUAAAGAGUCAUAUCAAGAACCUGCGCAGUCACCUGUAAAGAGUCAUAUCAAGAACCUGCGCAGUCACCUGUAAACCAGAUGAUAAAUGCUCUUUUAUGAUGAUUAAUGCUGAUCUUUUUAGGGCUGUUUUGUUUCACUGUGUUCCGUUCUAUAUGGUUCUGUUCCCUCCUUCCUGAGGAGGAAAAGUUUAUGGUGGACAUUUAAAAUAGUAAAUUCAGUCAUUUGUAUAAAAAUGUAAGUCAUUCAGUUUGGUUCUGUUUCUAUUUUGUUCUGUUUCUAGUUGGUUCUGGUGUGUCAGUGGUGUGAGGUAGCGUGUGCUGAUCUGCAGUCUCUGUUGAGUGUAAAGCAUUAGUAUGUGAGACGGUACUGCGCUAUAAUCAUCAGGUACUCCAUAGUCCACUACACUGGACAGUACAAGUGCGUAGUGUCUGAUUAGAGACAGAGGGAGGAUCGCUGACUGACAGACCUUUAUUUUUAUUUUAUUUUUUUUAAUUUUAAACACCGAGCAUUAACCAUAAGCCCUAUUCAGAUGGGAUUAAAUGUACAUGAGGUCCUGGGGUAAUUUCCUAUUUUACUGGAGCUCCUCUGUGAUUUUAUUUCUGUCAGGAUCAAUUCUUUGUCCUCCUCUGAGAAAAUUACAAGCUGAAUAACCUGCUGUUUUUCACCAAUCUCGGUGCUGGUCUGAUCAUUUCAGAUCAGAUACACACGUGUGAUUUCCUUUGCAGAUGUCGUUUCAUGUUUGAAAAAAAGAUAUUUGACUGAGUCACUGCUCUGGUCCUCGGUUCCUCCAGGAUUUUGUGAUUGCAUGAAUUAAUGCAAAAAUAAAGGAAACUCUGCAAUAUUCGGAGGAGCUUGUGAUUUUUCAAAAUUACCGCAGAUUUUCCACAGAUUUGGGCCAAGAUACGUCAUGUGACGUCAUCACAACGCACGUUCAGCUAAAUUGUAACCCUAGCCCUAACCCUAGUGCUGCUGUUUAUCAGUUAUUAAACACGUCCCAAGUCAUCAAACGAAAAAUAGAUGAUUUUUGAAUAUUUUGUGAUUUGAAUUGUGUGAAUUAGUGCUGGAAAUGUGGUUCAACCACAAACUGAAAUAUGAGGCAGCGUCUGAUCUCUACUCCGGCUCCUCUUCGACCACUUGGAUGCUGUGAACCUAUGAUCAUAUGACAGCGUGACGCAAACAUACGAGUUCGUAGAAAAUACGAAGGGAGAGUUUUACCCCUGAGGGUACCUGCAAAAAAUGUAUUACUGACGUCUCCCUGAUAAACUAAUCCAAUCAGAAUAGGGGCUAGGACUAAGAUUCUGGACUGUGAUUGGUCAGACAGAGAGAAUAGAUUUCAGAAAACAUUGACUGAAUAGGAAUAAUGAUGCAGGAAUAAUGAUGAAUGAUUAAGAUAAAUAAUACUUAUUGAUUUAUUACUAGAUUAUAUUCUGUUUAAAUGCUUUUGUUAAUUUUUUUAAAUAAAGAGAAAUGAAAUAUUUUUCAGUAAUUAAUAUGUUUAUCUUGCAUGCUGAAUAAUAAGAUGAAUAUAAGACGUGAAGAUGUGGUUCUGCUGUGUGUAAUGUGAACAUAUCUACUACAUGUUAAAUCAUUGCAUAAGUGUGAGAAAUCACGCAGGUACAUGAUGAUUUACUGUAUCGAGAUUAAAUACAGAUAAAUAUUAAUAUUGUAUAUUAAAAUCAUUACUACAGUAAACUGUGAAUUUAUACUUAUAAAAAUUAAUUAUAAGGACAAUAAAAUUCUGAAAUAAAUAAUUUUGUGUGUGUAAGUUGUGUGGUUUAGCCAUGUUCUAAAAUGCUAGAUAACCUAGAAUAGCUAUUGGAUUCUCUGAAACUCUCCAUCACAGCCAAUCAGUAUCAGCCAGUUUUAAUCAGUUUUAUUAUUAUUUUUUAUUAAGAUGAUCUUAAAGUAUUUAUGUACGUUUACUUUUCUUCAUGGUGUCUAUAUUUAUUUAUUUAAAGUCUAAAGUGAAUUUAUUUUAAUUGUUUGGAAUUUGUAAGAGUGAAUUAAUUGUAUGUUGUCGCUUAUAGAGGUAAUAUGUUUCCCUGAAUUGUUCCCCCAAAUAACACAAAAAUAAUAAAAUAUAACAAAAAGAUGUA